AUGAGAUCUUGGAAAGCUCUUCCGUUCGUUGUCGCGGCUAUAGUCCAGCCGGGAUCUGGACAAGACAUAUCAACGACUGCCUCAGCGCCGUCAAAAUGGGUCCAUCCCGGAGCAAUGAUCAGCCAAUCCCAAUUGGACUUCGUCAAAUCUAAAGUAAGCAAACGCGAGCAACCCUGGGCGGAUGCCUACGACGCACUUGUGGAGGAUGAAUAUGUCAGCAAUCCCCAGGCCCCAUCGCCGCAUGUCAUCGUCGAGUGUGGUCCUUACUCGGACCCAGAUGUUGGAUGCAAAGCAGAGCGCGAUGAUUCCCUAGCCGCGUAUGCCAAUGCUCUGGCGUGGGCGAUCAAUGGCACUGAGGCGUAUGCCCAACAGGCGAUCCGCAUUAUGGACGCAUAUUCAUCCACGAUUGAAGGCCAUAAUAACUCCAAUGCACCCUUACAAUCAGGUUGGGUUGGCUCGGUAUGGGCACGCACGGGUGAGAUUAUUCGCUAUACGGACGCCGGGUGGUCGGACGAUGGCAUCAAGCAGUUCGAAGACAUGCUACGUAAUGUGUAUAUGCCGCUCACCGUUAAUGGAACGACGGAGACUGCGAAUUGGGAACUGGUUAUGACAGAAGCGGCUAUUAUGAUGGCUGUAUUCCUCGAGGAUGCCGACUCCUAUAACACCGCGAUGAACUGGCACUUGAAACGAGUUCCUGCCACGGUAUAUAUGACAAGUGAUGGAGAGUACCCGGUAGCAGCUCGCGGACAUAGUUCUUCCCCGGAUGCAAUCAUCGAUUGGUGGUUUAAUCAAACCACAUUCCAGGAGAACGGUCAGUCACAGGAGACAUGUCGGGAUCUCGAGCACACUGGCUACUCUUUUGCCUCUAUGGCUCAUGUGGCAGAGACCAGCCGCAUCCAAGGUACCGACCUCUACAAGGAGGACUUAGGAACCCGACUGCGCUAUGCGUUAGAGUUCCAUUCUCAGUUUGAAAAUGGGGUAUCAGCCCCAUCCUGGCUUUGUGGUGGGGAGCUUAAGUUAUCGUUGCGUGCGGUUACAGAAGUUGGGUUCAAUGCGCUGUCGUUCAGAAUGGGAAUCGAUAUGCCGCAGACAAAGAACCUCACUGUCAAACAACGGCCGGCUGAGAACAAUGGUCUUUUUGUGGCGUAUGAAACAUUGACGCAUGCACAAAAUGAUGCUUGA